AUGGGGCAAAGGAACACUUUCAAUGACAGCAAAAGCCCCUUUCUAAAGCUGACUCCAGAUCCGAGACUCAGGUCUCUAUUGAGCGUGGAUUUCAGGUUCCGGACUGGGGAAGGGGAAGGGGAGGCAGGAGAACGCCGCUUACCUCUCUCCACCAAAGCCCCUCCAAGCUCGGGGAAGCCAGCUCUGGAGAACGGCUGGCUCCUGAGGAGAGAGCGCAAGAGCUCGGGGUCGGAGUCCAAAUGCAGGCAGGGUGAAGCUCUGAAACCUCGGCUAAAAAGUCGCCCGCUCCCGAAGGAGAAGCCGACGCCCCCAGGCAGCCAAACCGCACACAAGCCCCCUGCCUGGAGAUUCGAGUCACUGCGUCAGAAACGCGGAGAAAGCGGACGGGCUGCCAAACAGACCAGACGCCUCUGGCCAGGCCGUUACCUCGCUUUCCCUUGCCUGCUUGUCCUCUUGGACGCAGUCGGUGACUUCUGCCGCAUUGGGGCACCAAGGCUGCAACCGCUGGGGGUGGAGCACUCAAUGGACAGGAAGACGGAGAGGGCCCCAGGCUUGCGUCCUGGGGAGUCAUUCAACUACCGCCCUAGGGGAGGCUGGAGGCGCCUGAGUCAGGGGUCGUCGUGGCCGCCUCAGCAGCGCCGGAAAAUCACCGGAUUGGGAAAGCGGCUUGAUGUUAGAGAGGUAGAGGCUGCCUUCAAGACAGAGGAAGCUCGGGUUCCAGAAACACGGGGAACUCGGUGGCAGAGCCGUUCCCACGCCCUUCAGGAGUGGAUCACCUGGAGGAGUAGGCAGCACAGUGGCUGAGGAGGCUUGGCGCACUGGGGA